ACCACCAUUAAAGUUUCUUCCCCCAACUCUCUUCUGCAAUUUUAUUAUUAAUAGUAAAUAAUAAUCCAAUGCAUUAUCCACCACCCUUCCCUUUCUGCCUGCGAUUUCUGCUUUCACAAUUCACAAUUAUCCAAAUUCCAAUUAUCAAUCCUCUGAUUAUUCCCGUUUCCAAAAAGUUUAAAAAAAUCCUGACAUUUAUUGUUCAUCCGCACAAAUCAUUACCAACUUGGCCUUUAUUUAAUUCAAUUCCAUGCAACUACUUCUGGGGGUGAACGUGUGUCCAAGUUUUCCAAUGAUUUAAUCAUCAACACCAACCUCAAUUAACACCCCACCUCCCCAUCACUAAGAAAAGCGGCAAAAUGGUUUCCUUGUGAUCUGAAUUUGAAAUUGUCCGAGGUCCAAAUGUCUGUUGAACAAGAGAAUGAGGAAUCUGAAACUGAAACUGUUUCAGUCGCAGGUUCUUGUCUUUAUGAUCUUCUAAAAUUGGAAACCUGGGAGGACAGUCCAAAGAAAUCACAACAACCUUCUCCCUGUGCGAGAAAGAGGCUGGAGAGUGUAUUAACUGAAGCUGGCAAUGAUUUCUGUGCCGAUUGUGGAGCUCCAGAUCCAAAAUGGGUAUCUUUGACCAUUGGAGCAUUCAUAUGUAUAAAGUGCUCUGGCGUCCAUAGAAGCCUCGGGGUGCAUAUAACAAAGGUUUUGUCUGUGAAGCUUGAUGAGUGGACGGAUGAGCAAGUUGAUGCCUUAAUUGAAAUGGGAGGAAACAAUGCCGUAAACUUCAAAUAUGAAACCAACAUUCCCGAAGAUUACAGCAAACCGAAACCGGAUGCAUCUGCAGAGGAACGCGCUGAUUUCAUAAGGAGAAAAUACGAGCUUCAACAGUUUGUUAACAAUGAAUUACCGAUGUGCUGCCCUUUUCCAGCGUCAUCUACAGCAUCCCAUAGCCGUUCUUCAAGUUGUUCUUCUCAAUCAGGAUCCGAGAAAAAACACUACAAAAAACAAACCACUACACGCAUGCAUGGUCUGGGGAACGCAUUUCGUUAUAGUUGGAGACGAGAGCACAAGGCAGCAAAGAAAAGCAACUCGAUGGCAGGUAUGGUUGAAUUCGUAGGAUUGAUUAAUGUGAACAUCGUAAGAGGCACCGACCUAGCUGUCCGGGAUAUGGUUUCUAGUGACCCGUACGUCAUCCUCAAUCUCGGAAAUCAAUCUAUGAAAACACGAGUCAUAAAGAAUAACCUCAACCCGGUGUGGAAUGAAAAACUAAUGUUGUCAAUCCCAGAAGAUAUCCCUCCCCUUAAAUUGCUAGUAUACGACAAGGAUACCUUCUCAACAGAUGACUUCAUGGGGAGUGCGGAGAUUGAUAUUCAACCACUUCUCUCCGCUGCAAAAGCGACAGAAUAUUCGUCCAUUAGUGAGCCGAUGCAGCUGGGGAAUUGGAAAGCGAGCAAAGAGGAGAACACCCUCGUGAGGGAUGGUGCCAUCAUCUUAGAAGACGGUAAGGUGAAACAGGAAAUCGCUAUCAGGUUGCAGAACGUCGAGAGGGGAAUCUUGGAGAUUGAGCUUGAAUGCAUGCCUCUCACACAAUAGCUGCAUAUAUAUAUGCAUGAUGUGGCUUAUUAGCAAGUUUGUCAACUUAGGUAACAAUAUGUGUUCCUAUAUAUUUAUCUUCAUAUAUAUCUGAGCCCUUUUGCUUCAUCUGUUAUUAGAGAAUUAAUGGGUUUUCCAGCUCAGAAAUUUUGUGCAUCUUAUGUGUUGUAGAAUUGUAAGAAAGAGUGAUGCAGUGGCGUAGCAUCCAUUUGUUGUACAUGAUCAUCGACUUCUCUUGCUUAACUUACUCAUAAUUACUAAAAAAUCAUUAAGUUAUUUGCUCUA